AUGACAACUCCUAAAGUCGUAACGGCCGAAGUGUUUAAAACGUUGCUGAACGAAGAUUUCUCCGUGCUGCUAAAGUCUUGCGACCGUGCUGAUUGGUCAUUGCUCUACCCUUAUCUUUUGAGACUGAUCGUUUAUGAGGGCGUAGUCCCUUCGCAUUUGUUAACACAGAAGCAAAACGUAUGUCGAGAGGCACUGUUGAAUGACUUUCGUGUCAACCGUUUAAACGAGUAUUUGAACGUUGCGUUCCCAGAGUUGGAAGUCGAGUUGCUGAAGGAUCUGCAGACCAGAAGGAAAAGUACCCAGUUGCAGACUAACAAACAAGAACUUAAAUCAACCACUACCGUCGAUGUUGCUCUACGUUUCGAAAACGGUGAUGUCGCUCAGCGUUACUUUAUUCUGCUCAGCGAAUUGCUCUCCACACAGCAAUCCCUUAGUGAUGGAUUUUUGACCAGCGAGUGCCUGAGGUUCGAGCUUCUGGAUAACCUUAUGUACUUGGAUGAAUGCUCCGACAUGCUCUGCUUUGCCGUCGCAGAGAUGCCUCAGUUGUUGUCAGUGGAUGGCGUGUGUGAGCCUCUGCUGUGCUAUCGAAACGGUCCCGUGGUCAUUCAAAGGCUCGUAGCAAAUUUCCCACACACGUUCUCAGUUGGUGAGUGACU